AUGGAACACCAUAGCUUCAUGAAUGGCAUCGGGCAGAGCCUCGUGAGCGGCACCAGCGUCAUAAGGCGACGGCCUACCCGAUUUAGUUUUGGAGCAUUCUUGUUUGCCCUAUACGUAUACUUCUUCAUCUACAAUGGUCCAAUAGGGUCAGGAUCGCGGGCACAACAGCCUUUGCAGCCUCAAUUGGACGAGAUCCCUCCUCGAAUAUGGCAGAUCUUCUUCGGCUACACCCCGCUCGACGACUUUGCGCCUGCACUUCAAACGUGGAUUUCGAAAAACCAGGAUUACAGCUACACUCUCAUGAGCAAUCAGGGCGCCAAUGACUUUGCCCGAAAACACUACGCCGAUCGACCAGAUAUCCUCGAACCCUUUCUCCAACUGAAAUUCCACGUCCUUCGUUCUGAUCUGCUGCGAUACAUGAUACUCGAAUCAGAAGGGGGAAUAUACAGCGAUCUUGACACAGUUGUAGCGAAGUCCGUUCGAGACUGGAUUCCACAAGAGAUGAGGUCCAAGGUUCACGCCGUCGUCGGAGUGGAAUAUGACCAGCUAGAUGGAGAACCAUACUAUGGUAUGAACGAACGGAUUCAAUUCUGUCAAUGGACCAUGGCGGCUAGCCGAGGGCAUCCCAUUAUGAAGAAAAUCGUGAAGAAAGUCGUUGCAGCCCUGAAUGAGACAGUUGAGCGCAAUAACACUAGCAUCGCCAAUUUCAAGCCAUCGGAUGACGAGGUUGUCCAAGUCAGUGGGCCUGUUAUCUGGACACGCGCUGUCAUGGAAGCCAUGUCGGAGGCGACGGGCACCGAGAUGAACUACCUUAACAUCACAGGCAUGACUGAGCCACGAUUAUUUGGAGACGUCCUUGUGCUUCCGAUUGAUGGAUUUGGGGCAGGGCAACCACAUUCAAACUCGACUCGGGACGAGCACCAAGGGCCAGGAGACUUCUUUGUGAGGCAUCAAUGGAAAGGAUCUUGGAAACAUGGGUGGGAUAAUUAG